AACCUCAGCUGUAAGGCCACCCGGUGACACCCGUGCUCCCCCCAACACACACACACACGGGUGCCACGGUAGGGUUCCCGUACCGCUCCCGGUGCUACGUUCCUCACCAACAGCGGCCGAGGACGGAAGGAGCGGAACCGCGUCUCCGCAGCGCCCGGCGCCCGGCCUUAGGGAGAGGCAGGGCAGGACGGGGCGGGGGCCGGGGACCCUGCGUCAGUGCCGAGCCGCCGCCGUCCCCUCCCCGCGCGCUCGGCUCUGCCUCCCGCCGGCCUCCUCCGCCUCCCGCCGGCUGCGGCCGCGUACAUAAACGCGGCCCCGCCGCCGCCGGGGCGCUCCGCUUGUAGUCCGACGGAGGCGCCCGGUCUGUAGUGCGGCCGCCCGGCUCCACGCACCGACGGGGCGGGGGCUCCGGCGGGCAGCGGCCCCGCGGCACCUGCCGGCGGCAGCAGGAGGAAGAGGAGGAGGAAGGCGGCGUCUCCCGCCCGUGGCGGGCUCCCUCGGCAUGGCCCUGGCGGACAGCGCCCGCGGACUGCCCAACGGCGGCGGCGUGUCGCCGGCGGCGGGGAGCGGGGCAACGGCGGCAGCGGGCGGCUGGUCGGCCUUUCCCGACAUCGUGGAGCUGAACGUGGGCGGGCAGGUGUACGUGACGCGGCGCUGCACCGUCGUCUCGGUGCGAGACUCGCUGCUCUGGCGCAUGUUCUCGCAGCAGCAGCCCAGCGAACUGCCCCGGGACAGCAAGGGCCGUUUCUUCCUCGACCGCGACGGCUUCCUCUUCCGCUACAUCCUGGACUACCUGCGGGACCUGCAGCUGGUGCUGCCCGAGCACUUCCCCGAACGCAGCCGUCUGCAGCGCGAAGCCGAGUACUUCCAACUGCCCGACCUGGCGCGCCGCCUGGCGCAGGCUCGGGCCGCCACCGCCGCCGCCCGCCCCGCCGCGCUGCACCGCGACGGCUCGCUGUGCGCCGACGAACCGCCGCUGCUCGGCUGCUUGGAGGCAGAGCCCGCGGAAGGAGGCGCCGCGGCGGCGUCCGCGCCGUCGCCCACCGCCAGCCGCAGCCCCUCGGGCGGGCCGCUGCUGACGCCCUCGCAGUCGCUGGACGGGGCGGGCGGGCGGCGCUCCGGCUACAUCACCAUCGGCUACCGCGGCUCCUACACCAUCGGGCGGGAGGCGCAGGCCGACGCCAAGUUCCGGCGGGUGGCGCGCAUCACCGUGUGCGGCAAGACCGCGCUGGCCAAGGAGGUUUUCGGGGAAACGCUGAACGAGAGCCGCGACCCCGAUCGCCCCCCCGAGCGCUACACCGCCCGCUACUACCUCAAGUUCAACUUCCUCGAGCAAGCCUUCGACCGUCUUUCCGAGGCCGGCUUCCGCAUGGCCGCCUGCUCCUCCACCGGCACCUGCGCCUUCGGCCCCGAGCAGGGCGGUCCCGCCGAGGACAAGAUUUGGACCAGCUACACCGAGUACGUCUUCUGCAGAGACUGAGCCCCGCCCGGCGGCGCGGGGCUGCGCGGCCCUCGCACCUGCGGGGCUCCUCCGCCGGCCCCCGCCUCGCCUCACCGCUGCGCACAGCCCCGGAGGGCCCCGGGGGCGGGAGGCG